AUGUCUAGCUCGAACAGUUCAGCCCCUGCGCGCUCCUCAAGCGGCAGCAGCGGCGGCAGUAUUAGUAGUAGUCAGUCUAGCGGCAGCAGUUCUGCUGGCUCCUCAAGCGGCAGCAGUAGUGGGGGUGCACGCGCCGGAAACAGUCCGUCAUUCCCAGCCAAAUUCCGUUUCUACGUGACAGGAAACAGUGCCGACAACUGGAGGCUGUUCAAACAACGAUGGCUGAACCACGUCAUCCUCAACGAGUUGACCAGCCGCCCAGACGUUUUUCAGGUAGCCAUGUUUCUAAGCUUGAUUGACGACGACGCGUUGAAAAUCUUCAACGGUUUUGAGUUUUCUACGCCUGAGAGUGAUCGUACCGUGGCCGAGAUAAUUGCCCAGUUCGAUGCGUACGCCGUUGGGGCGGUAAACGAGACCUACGAGCGUUUCGUGUUCAACAACCGCAGCCAAGGGCCAGACGAGCCGUUCGACACGUUCUUAUCGUCGAUUCGCGUCCUGACCUGCAAGCAGUGCGGGAAGCAGAAUCAUUUUCAAUCAGUCUGUCAGCAGGGCAAACCCAAGACCUCGUAUCGCCCACCAACCGGCCAGAAAGGCAAGAACGUCCUACACACGCGCCAGGUGUAUGCGCCUAGCAGUGAUGAUGAUGAUUGGUUGGAUGCGCUCCAUGGCCGCAUGAAGAAAGAGGUGGAGACGAGGAUGCUAGUGGAUGGUCAAGAAGUUGUGUUUCAACUUGACACAGGAGCUUCUGUGAAUAUGAUACCACAGACGUACGUUGGCCAAGCAGCAAUCAGGCCAUACCGUGGCACGCUCGGGACAUGGGACAAGGCUGACGUCAAGCCCGUGGGUACGUGCCGAAAGACCCUGACGAAUCCUCGCAACAACAAGCGGUAUGACGUCGAGCUAGUGAUCUUCAGCGAUACAACAUGUACUCCCUCACUGUCACUGGAGACAUGUGAGCGGAUGGGCCUCAUCACAGUCAAUGAUGACCAGUUCGACCACGUUGCGCUAAUCAAGGAUUGGACUGAGGACUACAAAGACGUUUUCAGCGACGACAAGCUUGGCAGCCUGCCCGGCAAGCAGACUUUGAAGUGCGACGAGACGGUCAAGCCCGUUAUUAUGCCCAACCGACGUGUGCCUGUAGCUGUUCCCCCAAAGCUCAAGGAGGAACUGACUCGCCUCGUAAACCUCAAGGUCAUACAGCCCGUCGACCAGCCCACACCUUGGGUCAGCCAGAUAGUCGUGGCGAAGAAAAAGUCUGGAGCCCUACGAGUCUGCAUCGACCCAAAGGAACUAAAUAAAGCCCUACAGCGCGAACACUACACCCUGCUGGUUAUCGACGACAAGCUGCAUGAGCUGAGGGAAGCGAGGGUGUUCAGCAAGGCGGACCUGGCAUCAGGCUAUUGGCACGUCGAGCUAGACGAGGAAUCUAGCCUGUUGACGACGUUCCAAACAUGCUUUGGUCGAUACCGCUUCCUCCGACUACCGUUCGGCACCAACGUCUCAUCCGAGAUAUUUCAGAAGCGUCUGCAAGAUGCUGAGCACGACGCUAACUUAGCCAAGUUCCUGCAGCGAUGUGAUAGCAUCGGAAUCCGUCUCAACAGCAGCAAGUUCGAAACUGGUCUAUCCAGAAUCAGCUUCCUGGGACACCGCAUCACCAAGGAUGGUUUGGAAGUCGACCCUGAGAAAGUCAAGGCCAUCAACGACUUGGCAGCUGCAACCAACCUCACUGAACUACGCAGGUUCAUCGGCAUGGUGAACUACCUCUCUCGUUUCGUUCCGAACUUCACCGAUGUCAUGCAGCCACUCCAGAACCUGCUGCAGAAGGACGUGCCAUUCGUGUGGUCUGACACGCAGCAAUGCGCGUUCAAGACAAUCAAGCAGAUGUUGUCCACCACACCAGGUUUGGCAUUCUUCGACCCGAACAAGAAGAUCAUAUUGGAGAACGAUGCCAGCGAAUAUGGCCUGGGCUCGGUCCUGAUGCAAGAUGAUCGCCCCAUUGCUUUCGCCAGUCGUUCGUUGAAGCCUGCCGAGCGCAAUUAUGCACAGAUAGAAAAAUAA